CGCGUUCUGAGUCUGAGAGCCUCUCUCUCUCUCUACAAUGAGCGCCUGCAAAAAUCUCCUCUUCCGCAUAUCUUUUUCGUCUCCAGAUUUUAGAAUACGAAGUAACCUGCAGAAGUUCUGUUUGGUUACUAUUCGGAACCUCCAUUCGUUCUCUGGUAGUAAUAAUCCAUUUGAGUUGUCGUUAGCAACUCUAAUCUAUCGGAAUCGAGGAUUAGGGCGUGAACUGAACAGAGCUUCAUCGAGAUCUUACGGUUGUGUUCAAGCUGCAGUUUCGCGGGAAACUGCAGAUGGUUUGAAUGAAUCCGCUUCAAGCAGUUCAAUUCUGGAACCUUUGGAUGAUUGGGCUAAAGACAAUGUGGAGGAGUUGCUUGCAAACAGAGAAGAUGUUGUAAGCUUAAUGAAGAUGGAAAGAAGGUCUGGAAUCGACGGUGGAGUGGAUUCCCCUCGAAACCGCCGGUGGUUUCCGUAUCUCGAUAUGUUCAAAUCGGGAGAUACAUUUCUGACCAGUCUUGAGAUUCUGGAAGCACUCGAUGCGUAUAUACUGGAUGUGCGAAAGGAGAGGAUUUGGAAUGUUGUGAAGAACAGAAGCUACUCCGUUUGUUUGGUUGUUGAAGGUCUGUCUGAUUUUGGGAAUGUAUCAGCUGCAUUCCGCUCGGCUGAUGCGCUUGGGAUUCAAUCGGUCCAUGUGGUCUCCUGUGACAGCUCAAAAAGGUACAGGGAUAAUCGCCAUGUUAGUAUGGGUGCUGAGAAGUGGUUGGACAUUGAACUUUGGGACACCAUCCAAGAAUGCUUUAAGGUUUUAAAGUCACGUGGUUAUCGAAUUGCCACAACACACAUGGGAACUGAUGCGGUUUCUAUUUGCAACAUGGAUUGGUCAUGCCCAACUGCAAUAGUUGUCGGAAAUGAAAGUAGGGGCAUAAGUGAUGAAGCUCUGCAAUUGUCUGAUUUGCACUGUAAUAUUCCUAUGAAAGGCAUGGUGGACUCUUUUAAUGUUUCAGUUGCAGCAGGCAUUCUCAUGCACCAUGCUGUUUGUGAUAGAACUUCUCGCCUGGGCUGUCACAGUGACUUGACACCGGAAGAAAGUCAGAUCCUACAGGCAGAGUUUUCCUUGCGUCAUGGUAAGAGUUCAAUUAGCAUUGCGCAUGAAUAUGCCAAGCGCAAGGCAGGGCGGGCAACACCUAAGCUUUAAAAAGGACCAAGUGUAUAACUUAGAAUCCUUUGUGGAAUAUACUUUGGAAUGCCUUGCAGUUACUAUUGUUGAAUGAUUUUCUUUGCCAAUCCA